AUGUAUGAUGAGGAUAACAGAGCUAGAUCUACAUACUACAAGAGUGUUGUUGAGAAGAAGGGUGGGAAGCCAUUUCUUAGGAAACCGUAUUUGACUCCAGCUAAGAAAGGGAAGCAGAAGAAGUCUGCAGACGGGAAAGAGACAAGCGGGGGAGGAGUUCUGCUGAAGUGUUUUAAGUGUGGGGAGUUGGGGAACUGUGCUAAUAAAUGUAAGAACGCAGUCUUGAAGUGUUACAAUUGUGGGAAGGCAGAUCACCGCAAGGUUGAAUGCAGAAGUAAUAGGCUAACUUAUUUUAACUAUGGUGAGCAGGAUCACAUCAGUACCCAAUGUCAGAAGCCAAAAAGGGCGUCAGCUACUGCUGCUCAGACUACUGGUAGAGUUUUUUCUUUUAGUGGUGCAGACAUCUCGAAUUCAGAUAAUUUUAUUUGA